GUGGGGAAGGGCUUAAAGGCUGAGUCAAAAGCCAAGAAGUCUCUUUAUUUACGCCUACCUCCCAGCCCCUGGCAAUCUGACUAAUAACAAACUGAGCUAACAAGAAAGACUAGAAAGAGUAGAGAGAACACAGGAGCAGCUUGCAUCUAAAAAUCUGACAAACCUAGUGAUCAAGUCAAGCUCUGCUGAGCAUGUUGUUUGUUUACUGCAUCCAAAUGCUUGCAAACAGUUAACUAUAUGCAGAAAAGUCAGCCUAGCUGUGAAGUAUGCUGUGAAUUUUAAUUGAGGAAAAAGGACAACUGCUUACAGGAUGGUCUGAUGUGCACGGCUGCCUGGAAGAUUUUUUCAAUUGAAUGCUUUGUACUUGGUCUUCUGAACAAGGAUUUUAACUUUAUGGAGCUGUAGUAUUACCAGAGCUUGCAGCGAAGUGAAACACAGAAGAAAGUGUACAUUUUUCACAGGGAAAAAUUGCAUUGCAUCGAAACAUCUGCUCCAACUGUGCAUUGCUGAGUGUUUCAGGGAGUGUUACUGCUGUACAGAUUCUGCUGGACAAGAUGAAGCUUUGGAUUUUCAUUCUAUAUUCAGUUAUGGUUGCAUCUGAUCCUUUCCAGUCACAGCCUUCUUUUUCUUCAGCCAGAGGAUCUUGUCAGAGUUUGUGUUCCUGUGAAGAAAAGGAUGAUACCAUGAUUAUAAACUGUGAAGAAAGAGGCAUCAAGAUGGUAUCAGAAAUAAAUGUCCCACCAUCAAGGCCUUUCCAUCUUAAUCUGUUAAACAAUGGUCUGAGUAUGUUACAUGUGAAUGAUUUUGCUGGCCUUGUUAAUGCUAUCUCUCUACAUCUUGGUUUUAACAAUAUUGCAGAUAUUGAGCCUGGGGCUUUCAAUGGUCUCAGCCUUCUUAAGCAACUUCAUAUCAAUCACAAUUCUUUAGAAACACUUAAAGAAGAUACAUUUAAUGGAUUGGAAAAUUUGGAGUUUCUUCAAGCAGACAACAAUUUCAUCACAGUGAUUGAAGCAAGUGCCUUUAGCAAGCUCAACAGGCUUAAAGUGCUUAUUUUGAAUGAUAAUGCCAUUGAGUAUCUUCCUCCAAACGUAUUUCGGUUUGUGCCAUUGACCCAUUUAGAUCUGCGUGGAAACCAGUUACAGACACUGCCCUAUGUUGGCUUUUUGGAACACAUUGGUAGAAUACUAGACCUUCAGUUGGAAGACAAUAAAUGGGCCUGUAACUGUGAUUUAUUGCAGCUGAAGAUAUGGCUAGAAAACAUGCCUCCUCAGUCAAUAAUAGGUGAUGUUGUAUGCAAUAGUCCUCCAGUUAUCAAAGGCAGCAUCUUAAGCCGGUUGAAAAAAGAAUCACUAUGUCCCACUCAUCCUGUCAAUGAACUUGAAGAUCCUUCAGGGUCACUGCCCUUGGUCGUAACCACUUCUGUCAGUGAUAGUCACCUAUCGACUAAGGUGAUUCCUCUCCUGAAAGCUCCUACUAAAGAACCAAUUUUAGUGCUUCAUACUUCAAAGCCUACUACACAGUUUCCAGGAAUCUAUUGUCCCAUCCCCUGUCACUGCACCAGCCAUAUGCUCUCAGGAGUUCUUAUGCACUGCCAGGAGCGAAAUAUUGAAAGUUUGUCUGAUUUAGGACCCCCUCCUCCAAAUCCUAAAAAGCUUAUUCUAGCUGGAAACAUUAUUCAGACAUUACUGAAAUCAGAUCUUGUGGACUAUGCCAGCCUGGAAAUGCUUCACCUGGGGAACAAUCGCAUUGAAAUACUUGAGGAAGGUUCCUUUAUGAACCUGACUAGACUGCAGAAAUUGUAUCUCAAUGGGAAUCACCUUACAAAGCUAAGUCAAAAUCUGUUCCUUGGCCUUCAGCACCUUGAGUACUUGUACCUUGAAUAUAAUGCCAUCAAAGAAGUUUUGCCAGGGACAUUUAAUGCAAUGCCAAAACUGAAAGUUCUCUACUUAAAUAACAACCUUUUGCAGGCUUUGCCACCCCAUAUCUUUUCAGGUGUUCCUCUCACUAGAUUAAAUCUGAAAACAAACCAGUUUGCUCAUUUGCCUGUGAGCAAUGUCUUGGAUGAACUGGAUAGGCUGGUACAAAUUGAACUUGAAGACAACCCCUGGGACUGUACUUGCGAUUCAGUUGGGCUGCAAAAAUGGAUACAAAAACUGAGUAAGAAUGCCAUGAUGGGUGAUAUUUUUUGUAAAUCUCCAGGACACCUAGCAAAAAAAGAAUUAAAAUCCCUAAACAGUGAAGUUUUGUGUCCAGGUUUAAUAAACAGCCCUGCCCUACCAACUCAUGCCAGUUUUGUAGUUGUAACAACUUCUUCUCCUACUGCCAAUACCGCAGACACCAUCCUGCGGUCCCUUACAGAUGCUGUCCCACUUUCUGUUCUAAUAUUAGGACUGCUUAUUGUGUUUAUAACUAUUGUAUUUUGUGCAAAACAAGCAGAUGAACAAAUGAGGGAUAGUAGCCCAGUCCACCUUCAGUACAGCAUGUACGGACAUAAGACAACGCACCACACAACAGAGCGCCCAGCUGCAACCCUCUAUGAGCAACGGAUAGUUACUCCCAUGGUUCAGGUCUACCGCAGCCCAUCCUUCAGCCCUAAGCAUACCGAGCAACAACAGGAGGAGGGAAGUGAAAAGGAAGCUAAUGAUUCCAAAUAUCUCUGCCGAAGCCUCCUGGAAAGAGAGAACAGUUCACCACUUACAGGUCCAAAUGUCAAAUAUAAGGCUACAGAUCAAUCUGCUGAAUUUCUGUCUUUUCAGGAUGCUAGCUGCUUGUAUAGAAACAUUCUUGAAAAAGAGAGAGAACUGCAGCAACUAGGGAUCACAGAGUACCUAAGAAAAAAUAUUGUCCAGCUCCAGCCUGACAUGGAAGUUCAUUAUCCUGGAACACAUGAAGAGCUGAAAUUGAUGGAGACACUCAUGUACUCCAGGCCAAGAAAGGUUUUUUUAGAACAAACUAAAAAUGAGUAUUUUGAACUCAAGGCUAAUUUACAUGCUGAGCCUGACUAUCUGGAAGUCCUGGAGCAGCAAACAUGAAGUGAUAAUACAUUGUGCUGGGGCUGAGUUUCUGUAAUUCUAUUUUAGGUUGCAACCGUUGUAAAUAAAAGUGCCUUAUAAUAACAUGUCAACAGUCAGAACUUAAGCACAGCAGUAAUCCU